AAUCGCAUCUUUUUUCUUCACUGAUGAGGAUCAACGCAUUCAGUGACGACUACGCCGAGCGGAACCAAUUGGAGCAGCAAUGUCUGAGAUGGGGAAGACCGUACUCGAUUCCGGCUGGCCCGCCGCCAGAUCCACGGAGAUCGAACUCACUGGAACACAGCUUACCACCACUAACCCGCCGACUGGCCCCACUGCUCCAUGGAUGGAAGCUGUCGUCCCUGGAACGUAAGACUCCAAUUCAUUCACCGGUUCACAAUUUCUGAUCUCUCCAAAACCUCUCCUGGUUUGCUUGACUGAGUUGACUUAAUUUUUUCUUCUUGUUCCCGAUUUUGAUGUUGUAAUUAGAAAUCAACGCUGCAGAAUUUAAUGCGGGAGUACUUGACUAGAGAAUUAAUUUGAAAUUUAGUA